AAUUUUAACAUCCUCCGUCUAACCGUGCCGUCACUUUAGCUCCUCCUCUGAGAAGAGAAGAGAACAGGGAAGAAGAAGAAACUCUACCAUCAGACUAAUUAACCUCACUAACCUUCUGAAUCUCUCUAUAUCUAUUUGCAUACGUGUACAAGGGUUUACUAUAUCUAUAGAUCAAUCUUUGUAAUGGUGAAGAAGCGGGUACCGGAAUGGCUCAACAGCUCGCUUUGGUCCACCACUCCAUCUCCCAACAACGAUCGCGUUGCACACUACUCCCCCGCCACCUCCUCUGCAUCCUCCAUCGCCACGGUCGAGGCUACGCUGGACCCGCCGGUCCCGCUCCCUCCUCCUCCUGCUCCUCCAGUUCAAGCACCGGCUCCAAAAACCGAUUCUAGGGAUCCACGAAACGACAGCAGUAACGGAAAUGAUAAUAAUGGUGAUUCUGUAGGACCCUCCCCCGAUGAUAUUUCUCGCCAGGCUCAACUCUUAUCUGAGCUGUCGAAGAAGGUGAUAAAUAUUGGGGAAUUGAGGAGGAUAGCGUCGCAGGGCAUACCUGAUUCUUCUGGAAUUCGCUCUACUGUUUGGAAGCUCUUACUGGGUUAUCUGCCUCCUGAUCGUUCACUUUGGUCUGCUGAAUUGGCUAAGAAAAGAUUGCAGUACAAGCAUUUUAAGGAGGAGCUUUUGAUGAAUCCUUCAGAAAUCGCAAGGAGGUUGGAAAACUCAAGGGCUGAUAAUGACGAGUCAAAAUCUGCAAGCAGUGGCAUACUUUCAAGGGCAGAAAUAACCCAUGACGAGCAUCCUCUGAGCCUAGGGCAGACCAGCAUUUGGAAUAAGUUUUUUCAGGACACAGAGAUCAUGGAACAAAUUGAUCGAGAUGUAAAACGCACUCAUCCCGACAUGCACUUUUUUUCCGGGGAAUCAGCAUUUGCAAAAGCUAAUCAGGAGGCUUUGAGGAACAUAUUGAUUGUUUUCGCAAAGUUAAAUCCAGGAAUCAGAUAUGUUCAAGGGAUGAAUGAAAUUUUGGCCCCUCUUUUCUAUGUAUUUAAAAAUGACCCGGACGAAGUAAAUGCAGCCUCUGCUGAAGCAGACACAUUCUUCUGUUUUGUUGAACUAUUAAGUGGAUUUCGGGAUCAUUUCUGUCAACAGCUUGAUAAUAGUGUGGUGGGAAUACGAUCUACGAUUACGAAGUUGUCGCAGCUUCUCAAGGAGCACGACGAAGAACUUUGGCGUCAUCUUGAGAUCACAACAAAAGUUAAUCCCCAGUUCUAUGCAUUUAGGUGGAUUACUCUCCUAUUGACUCAAGAAUUCAAUUUUGCUGACAGUCUUCACAUUUGGGACACCCUUCUCAGUGACCCUGAAGGUCCUCAGGAGACUCUCCUUAGAGUUUGCUGUGCAAUGUUGAUUCUCAUAAGGAGGCGCCUGCUUGCCGGGGAUUUCACAUCUAAUCUGAAGCUUCUUCAGAACUAUCCCCCAACAAAUGUCAGUCACCUUCUCUAUGUUGCGAAUAAGUUGCGUACUCAAUCCCCAGGCUAAUUUAUUAACCAUGCACUUCCUUUUUUUUUAACUUCUUUUCAUUUUCCCCUUUAGUCUUUUUCAUUUCAAAAUGUAAUUUUUUUGUAUAUUACUACUGGUUGUAAAUGUUUGUUGCGAGUGACAGCUAAAAUGCAGGGAGUAGCUUCUUCUCUUACAUUUGUUUUCAAAAAUUAUUUACUGUUAGUUUAACAGAAUUGCCACGCAUUUGUUUUAUUCCGAUUGGUGAGAUACUGCUUGGGGAUUAUGAUAUGGUUUUA